GUUUUCAUUUAGAAUUAGAGUGAAUAUCCCCUUUAAUUUUUGUCGACGGAUACCGGAUACCCGAGCUUGAAAACAAACAAUGACGCUAGUGCAGGCAUCCCACAUCGUGGCUUUAGCCAUGCUGCUCACUGCGCGAGCGCAAGCUGUUGAAGACGUGAACGCCACCACCACAGCAAUGACCGACCCUACGACUACGGAGCCCGCUCCCGAACCAGAGUACACUGGACUGUCACCGGAUCUCUGCCCUCCACCGCACUCUAGGAGCGCCUUGUGUACUAAUGUUGUCCCGGUUUUGAUUGGUCAUAACGCAAGCCUUGAUUGUCGCCAAGAGCUCUUGACCCAUAGCGGCCGAAAGCACACCCUGAACUUGGCCAAGUUUGUUUUUACAGGGUCUAAGCCGGUUCCGAAUCAAGGCGGUGAUCCGACAACGAGUAUUUUUCUGCACGACAGGUCCCUCCAAAUGCUCUUCUCCACUAUAAAUGGUUCCGCCACCGAUGUGGACUUGACCGUGGCCGUCAGGAAUGUGUCCUAUCGAGACCAGGGCUUUUACUCGUGCCUGUUCCACAUCGGGGGUCGUGGUCUGCACCAAAGUCUGUUCUUGUUUCCCUUUUCCAUGGACACUGUUCAUGUCUGUUACAGAAUCACUACUGGCUUCCCUGAUGGCAGCAUUGGUAUACAUUCACAAUGUAAUCAUGAGCCGCUUGCACUGGGCAAGGGAACACGACCCACUUGGAUUUUCAUGCGGGCCGACCUUCUGUCUCCACCGCUAGUAAACGAGUGCGAGGAAUUCGUUCAUGUACGGUUUAAAACACCCAAGACUGUCCUGGCGCGGGAAGAUGGCUUUCACUGCGCGAAUAUAUCCAUCCCUAAUAAUUCAAGGCGGUUCUCCGUGACAAUUGUCGUUAAGUUAAGAUUAGCGGGAGAGAAAUCCUUUCUCAAGCAUAGCCGCUUUCCAAUUACGUUUUAACGUGAGCGCUGAGGACGCUGGUCCACAGGCCAUGGCCGGCCGUCGAUGAACUCCCAUGUUGGAUAUCCCACGCAAGUACCGACGUCACAGUGCACUAACAAAGCUACACUGCCAUUGAUACCAUGUACAUGUACCAGUGAUGGUGUUACCCUAUGUUGGAUAUCCCACAUAACAUUGCACCAAAGCCCGGGCAAAGGCUGUGAUCCUGUGCCCUCCCGACCUCGUGCUACUGGUGCGUUUGGGUCCGUUGGGCGGUUCAAUGGCCAAUUGAGCCAUCUUUCCAAGAUUCCUUUUGAGUCUCUCUCCCCUCUCCCAAGAGGAGACCCACGUGACCAAUUAUGGCAAUGAGCAAGUACAAGUACAUGUGCGUGUGCGCGCGUGCACGCACAUGUGUACAUGGUGUGUGUGCAUGUGUUUAAGUUGUCAUUCAUGGCCCCUGAGAACGAACGGUGCGAUGAACUGGAUGGGUAAAUUGCCGAUGGUGGCCAUGUGUUGGACGAACUCCCCACAGGAGCACCUUCCGACGGUAAUGUAUACCCGCAGGGCUCUUAUCAAUAACCAGCUAGUUGAAGGACUGUUCUACGUGAUGACAUGUUUGCCCUAGUGGCAGGUGGUAUUUUCUUUUCCUUGGUGUCAUUAUUUUGGAGUCUCUGUUUCUCUCUCUCUCUCCCUCUCCCUCUCUCUCUUGCCUCUGUCUCUCUGUUCUCUUUUCUCAUCCUUCCUCUGUAGGUGUGUGUUGUGUGAAUGGGCGUCUCCCUUCUUGUUCCGCUCUCUUGGAUCUUGUGGAUACGAGGAUGUGUGUUCACCCAACAAAGCUGGGGAAAGUGUCAUGACCCGCAAGUGAGGCAAGCUGACGCAGGGAACUGAGUCUCUCUGGCAAGCUGUCGACUGCAAGUCGCCUCCAGUUUACAGUGAUAUUAUUGGAUUUCAAGGGCAAACAUUUUUGAGAUGCAGUGUACUAGUUAUUGCAGUUGACUCCACUAAUACUUCGAAGUAACAAACUCAGAUGUAGCCAUGUUUCGUGAUAUAACCGGUAUUAGCGGCAGUACAGGCACCGUGUGCCCUUGAAGUACAGCGAUCACUUAGAAGAGAACUAACCAUGACAUCACCAGUAUACUCUGGUAUGCUAUAUGCUGCACUAUCCGUGUGUACUCUGGAUGGCUGUACACUUGCUGCACACAAGUGUGGCCGCGAGAGCUUACAACUCACAUAUGUGACAUACCUUGUAUAUGCACCAUCCCCCCUCGGUCCUUCUGUACUAUUGUACAUAUCUAGUGCAAUCGUGACUGUAUCUAUGUAAAGAGCAUCAUAUUUUCGAACUUUUCGUUCAUCAUCAA